AUGGCAGGUGCACGAAGAGCAGCUACUGAAGGGCCAGCGACGGAGCUCCGGACAGAGGCCACCCAAACGGGCGCGUCCCCACCGUUGAUGGCCAACUUCUUCGAAGACGAGUUGAGAGGGUAUAGAUUGUUGAAGGCUGCACGACUUACAACGGCUGAGAAGCAACAUGUGCUCACUCAAACAGCAAACAGUACGCACUACCAUGCAGUACGGUUGGCCUUGCGGACAUUGUUUGCAGAGGAGGCUGAGACAAAUGUUGCAGGAGGCCCUCAUGAACGACGUCGUACAGCCUGGGUCAUUGAGGACGAGUGGGACGGGUUUGAGUCCUACUAUGGUGCUGGCGAAGAUUGGGAAGAGUGGAGUCCCCAGAGCUGGGAGGAUUGGUACGAGCCCAAUUACUGGCAAGAUUGGACUGAUGAGACGACAGAGCAAUGGCAAGACGAUUGGAUCGAGGAGGAGACCAUCCCCCGACGAGAACAGAAAAAUGUGUUGAUCUCGUAUAGCAAUGGGAUGUUCAUUUUUCAGCCGGAGACACCUACAACACAGUCAGAGCAAGACAGCAGUAUGCAAGCAGUUCAACUGGAGGCAUUGGCAUCGGGCCAUCUCACCAUCGACUUGGCCUCCCAACCUACGACAGUUGCCAAGGCCCAAGAAGUUUGGUUGCUGCGGUCGCCAGAGUCAGACAGUUUUGCGCAGAGCAUUGAGCAGGGUUCGCAUGGUGUUGAGAGUUGUUUGAUGAUGGUUGAUCAGAGCAGUUCAUGUUUUCUGGAUUCAUCGUCGCAGCCAAUUUCUGGCUGGCUACAGCUUCUGGCCCAAAAGCUUCAAGCACUCCGUGAUCAGCAAGCAACUCGGCAUGACCAGCAAGGAGCCCUCAGCAUGCGACGAUCCCAGGCUGUCCGGCUUCCCCUGCUAUGGCAGUCACAAGGAAGGUGCACUGAGGCAGAACCAGUACGCCGCAUGGACCAUGUGCACAAGUUGUGGCCUCCGUUUGAGGUACACGACAAAGAAAGAGGGCCGUGGCCACACUCGCCAGAUGGGUCCAGAUCCUUCCAUCAUUCGCCUUGCCCUCGAGACACUCCAGAAGACGACAAGUGCGGCAGAGAUGAAUGCCGACAUGGUGAACGGCAAAAUGAUGGAAAUCAAGGGAACCAUGCUCCAGAUGGGAUUCAAGACAUCCUUGUCCCUGAAUCUGACCUUGGCGGAGUACGAGAAGAGGCCGGCCGAGCGGAUGGAGUGACUCAGAUCCCCAAGGCCGAGGGCAAGACAGCCGAGAGCAAGCCAUCCGAGGCAGCUCCGCCAAAGACGAAGGGCGUCCCCAGCCCAGGGACACCAGCCACGACGGUGCCCGGCAGUCCCUCACAGCUGCCAUCCAGUGCAAAGACUCCGGACAGCCCACUGAAGGAGAGCAUCCUGAAGAUGAAGACCAGGGUGAAGAAGAGCCCAAGUCCGGCAAGGACCAAGGAGGAGAGCCGAUCUCAGUCCCCCACCAGGGGAUACCAACCUGGGCAGCCGUCAGAGUGGGCAGCGGUGGAAGCGCCAGUGAUCGAUGUGACCUCCGAGGACGAGCUGAUGGAGACGAAGGAGACGGAGUAUGCAGUGCACUGGAACACGGACAAAGCUUCGCAUGGGAGUGGCCAACAGGUGCAGCCAAGGGCUGGAGAGCACGCUGCAUCUCUUGAUUGGGUCAGAAGUUGCGGCAACUUGGAAGACCAGUUUUUUGGUGCCGAUUUCAUGGAUGCGCUUUCGGCCCUGGAGUAUCAGGGCCAUCCGAUCAUGAAGCACUGGACCGUGUUGACCAGCAAUCGACAAGCAUGGAUGGCGCUCCAGCGCAAAUGUCCAGGGCACCCAGAUCACUUAGAAUGCCGCGGACCUGUGGCGCAGGCAUCAAGCUACUACCCCAAGGAGAUGGUACGUGAUUUGGUGAUGGUAUGGCGGCAGCAAGGAGGCAAAGGACGAUGGGUUGGGCCACUACGUGCUCUCAUCCAAGAAGGCGCGACAGUAUGGCUCGCCACUGGCUCAGCCAUUGUGAAAGCCAAGGUGAACCAAUGUCGCCCAGUGACGCGACGUGAAGAGCUGCAGUCCAACCUCGAAGGAACAGCAGUCAUGAAGACCCCAGUGACGCUAGAUGCAUUGCUGCGACAGUUCAGUGGCAAGCGCUUCACCAACAUCUGUGGUGAAGCACCUUCAGAGGAGCAGCGACAGCAAGAUGUCAGCGAGACGACAGUGGCACUUGAGCCCAAGAACCCAAAAGGUAAGUUUGAUACUUGGAAGAAUGAUGAUGAGAAGUGGCUGAUACGAGUCCAUCAAGUUCCCCGACUGGCACUUUUCUCACCCAUGAGAAUGGGAACAUGUCCAGUGCCUGAGACUCAGUUGACAGGCUUGAGGAGGACAUAUGUGCAGCCGGUGAUCCCGAAAUCAAAGCAAGUUUUGGUUGAAGAUGACUUCAAGGAGUCAGAAGAACCCCAUCGCCAUUUGACAGAGCGAUGGACAGGGGAAAUGUGGUUUGAGAAAUCCACGAGCGCAGCAUCGAGCCCUGACAAAGCGGUGACAGAAGACAAGAAGAGAGGAGGCCAUGAAGGUCUGCGCUUGAGCAGUGACAACAAGAGGUUCCAUUGGAACUCCAAAGAUGGACGAGUCGAUGAAGAAGAUUCGACCUCCUCCUCCUCGUCAGAAAGCAGCAGCAGCUCAUUGGAAGAGAUGAUUGCCGAUGAAAAGAGGAAGCCAAGGCGGAAGAAGCCGCCAGACAAGAGGCAGAAGAAGGAAGCCUCAAUGUUCAUGACGGUGGAAAAGGACACCGUGUUCUGUGUCGAGAUUGAAGUCGACCAGAAAGACAUCCAAUGGCUGAUGAACCAUCCAGCCAAAUCCUCCAUCUGGAUGUCAAAGAAAGUGAUGGAGAAGGGGAAAGAAAAGGAGUGGCAGAAGAUGACAAUGGACGAAAAGAUGUCCUUCGACUUAGCUCAAGCUAAGGAGCUGAGUCAGGUGCUCCAGUCAAAGGCCCUCCGGUCCCUGACCAUCCAGGAGCAGAAGAACCUGGAUCCGAAGACGGCGAUGUCUAUGAGGUGGGUUCUCACCACCAAGAGUGAUGGCACCAGCAAGGCCCGUCUCGUGGUCCUAGGAUACCAGGCACCAAAUCUGGUGUCCGUCCAAACGGCCAGUCCAACCAUGAGCCGCCUGUCCAGAAACAUGUUGCUCACGAUGUGCGCCAACAGUGGCGUGACGCUGCGUGGAGGCGAUGUGACAUCGGCCUUUCUACAGGCUGACCAGUUUUGCAGUAGGACCAAGCGGUGGCUGGAUGUGAGAGCAAGCCUCCCGGAGAAUGCACCUCCCUCAGAUGAUGAGACCGCGCCGGUUCGCACAAUGGUACGGUGGACCUCACGGUUCGCACCUGAGGAGAGAGGUGACUAUCGCAGCACCCUUGCCUGGUUGGAUUUGGCUGAUUGCUUUCACCGCUACACGUUUUCCCAUGCCAUGCUGCGUGGGCAGAAUCUCACAAUCUUCGCCUUUGUAGGAGCCCUGGUAGCAGCCUGCCUUACUAUGGUUGAGCAUCAGCGUGUGAGGUGCCUCACAAGCUUGCUGAAGAUGCAUUCUGCAAAAGGAAACGAAGAUUCAGUACGGCGUUGCUUGGAAUACCUCGCUAUCUACUCUCGUCUCAUGGAUGUGGCAUUUCCGGGAGUUCUUCUGCUGGUACCUUUCAACUUGGAACGCCCAGUGAUGCAUUAUGGCUGUACCGCUCUGGUGGUCUCGGCCAUGGUGGGCGGAGUGGUUGCUUAUGCGGCCCUUCCGCUUGCAGCAGCUGCUGGCUUGGCCAACCAAGAGGAACCGGCCAAUGAUUUGCAAGCUUGGGCGCAGAGGCAUCAGAGCCUCAAAUGGAAGGCUGGAUGCAUCAUCGCCCUGCACUUUGUGCUUCCUGCAUCAGCAGCAGUGCACCACUUCGCGUGGCUUGAUGCCACUGGUCGCCUUUUUGGCUUGUGUGAAGUGUCAGCGAUAUUGAGUUAUCAGAUUUUUCUCGCAUCUUUUGUCACCGAUGACUUUGCAGCAGUGAAGUUUGCUGUGUCCAUUCCAACCUCGAAGGCAGCGGCCUCGUUGACAGGAAGGCUCUGA